CAUUUAAUUCUCAUCUUUCAGAGAGUUUGGGAGUUGAUUGGUUGAUUCUCGGGGGUUAGGGUUCAUAGAGCGUCGGAUCUGUAAUCUUGUUCAAGUGUGUUAAGGAAGAAUGGCUCUCAAUUUCCCGAAGGGAGUGUCUGUGUUCCAUAUGAGAAUCUACAAGGUUGUGGAAGAUCCUUCGUCGGAUUCAGUAAUCUCAUGGGGCAAAGACAACAACAGUUUCGUCAUUUGGAAUCUCGAAGAGUUUACUCGCAGAGACAUUGUUGGCGAUUUCGAUUGCAGCAGAUUCUCAGAGUUUCGCUCUGAGCUUAGGUAUUAUGGGUUUAAAAGAAUCAAGAAGGGGUCAGGGGAACUGGAAUAUGGGAAUGAAGAUUUUGUGAGAGGGCAACCUGAGCGUUUGAAGACGAUGAUGAUCAAAGCUUGGAGGAAGAACAAGGCCAAAUUUAAAGCUAGAAAGGCAGCAGAGGAACUGCAACGCUUACAGAUUUGAUCAGAAUCAUCCUGUCGUGCUUCUAGGCAUUAGUGAAUAAUAAUAAUCUUUUUCCAUGAGUUACUUUCUUUUGUAGUAUAAUAGUUUUAGUAGUGGCUGGCUUUGAUGAAAUUUGGGGGGUCUGCAACCUCCUCUUCUAUUAUGUUAUAUAUCAACCUAUGGUUUGGAACUUGUCACUACUUAUUGAUCGAAAGCUUAUCUCUUUAAGAAUUUUAACGAAUGUUCAAUCAAAAAA